UGACAUAAGUUUCUGUUCAUAAGGAAAGUUACUUCCUCAUUAUAAAAAGUGGGAGUAUCAAACCUAAUGUGUACAGAGCAGCAUUUCUGUUAAGGAGUCUGUCACCCCAUUGUGCUGUGUGAAACCCCAUGACAGGAAGUGUUUAAAUCCCUGAGCUGAGACUAACGACAGGAUGUGGAACAUAGCUGCAUUGGUGUUAGUGGUGGCAGGGACUUCCUUUUGCUACAUCACCUGCCCUGAUGGGAAGGUCUGCUCUGAUCAAUCAACUUGCUGUUUGACUAAAGAAGGAUACGCCUGCUGUCCAGUUACCCAUGUUCCGUCGACAGCACUUGUUCAGGCCUCAGACAGCACCCCACAGGCUGGAGUCAUUCGCUGUGACACAAAAUUCUACUGCCCUUCUGGAACCAGCUGCUGCAAGGGACUGACUGGCAAAUGGGACUGCUGCCCAUUCCCACUGGGCACGUGCUGUGUGGAUGGCCUGCAUUGCUGUGAAUAUGGAUACACCUGUGACCCAACCUCAUUCAAGUGCAGGAAAGGUUACUCUCAGAUUCCUUCAGGUCUGAGGAAUGAUGCUCAGCAGGACUGACCAGAUGUCUUUUGAAUUAUAAUGUUGUCACUGUACUGGUAUUGGAUUGAACAAACAGAUUUGCUAGUUUAGCUAACACAAACCAUCAGUCCUAGCUUGCUAUUAUGAAAAUCGAAUUCAACAAUGUUUUCAAUUCUAAUUUUGCUUUCAAAAGCAACUCAAACAUAAAACAUGUAAAAAUGAACUAUAGCCAUUGAAUUCUACCCUGCAGACAUACCAUGCUUUAUAGGGAAAUAAUGCACGCUCUAGAAUACCCUUCAAGACAAUCAGAAACGAGUGUUCAACAAUGUCAUGGUAUAACAUUACAUGUUGAAAGAAUGUUGAAUCAUGCCACCCACUCAUUCAUUGCAUUAAAGACAGAUCAAUACACUUCCAAAUAAAUGACAUUCUAAGAAAAAACUGUU